AUGAAUCACGCAACACAACAACUGGUUCGAACCAUUAUCGGUGUCAUUGGUAAUAUCAUCUCUCUUGGAUUGUUUUUGUCUCCCGCGCCUACGUUUUACAGGAUUAUCAAGAAGAAAUCGGUGGAAGAAUUCCACCCGUGGAUCUAUGUUGCCGGGGUUUUGAAUUGUUGCCUUUGGAUAUUGUAUGGAAGUCCAACCGUUCAUCCGAAUAGCACUCUCGUUUGGAGUAUCAACUCCGUUGGUCUUGUUCUAUACACCAUUUACCUCAGUGUUUUCAUUUGGUUUGCGCCUAUGGCAAAGAGGUUGCAGGUAUUAGGUACCCUAGUUGUUGUCGGAAUUGUGAUGGCGGUCAUAGCUUCUCCGACGCUGUCGUUGGUACACAGUGUUGAUAAAAGAGGAGACAUUGUUGGAGAUAUAGCUGUUAUUUUCAAUAUCUGUCUCUACGCGUCUCCUCUCACCGUCGUGGUUAAAGUUUUCAAGACAAAGAGUGUGGAAUUCUUGCCUUUCUGGGUUUGUCUUGCCGGUUUGCUUAACGGCGCUUGUUGGACCACUUAUGGAUUCAUCCCCUUCGACGUACACCUUGUGGUUGGAAAUGGAAUUGGAGCAUGCUUAGGAUUAUUUCAAGUGGGACUCCAUGUUUACUACGGGAAUUGUUGCGGAAACCGGAAGGCGAUCGACGACGAUGAGCUUAAGAAGCCUAAUAAGCCAUCCGAAGUACAGCUUGAGACAGUUUGA